CCAUCUUCGCUGCCGGCGACGCGACGGACUAGAAUUAUAACCAGCGACGCGAGUGACGUAGGCACCCAAUCGACCAAUCAGAAGGCUCACAUUAUAAUCAGCGGAGCGCGGCGCGAUCACUUGCGUCGUGGAUUAUCAUGGGAGCGCUGGAGUUUGUCGCGUCGCGUCGCUCGCUUGUAGCGUAUCAUGUGAUAGGGGCUGGAAUUUGACACCUCAGGGGUUCAAAACUCUCAUGUGUUUAUGGGACUUGAUUUUGGCACGGACUCCUGCGUUUAGAGUAGAGAGCGUGUCCUGAGGAACUACCGCGCGCGAGCUGCCCUGGACCUGAUGCGUCUGAUCCGGCGUUUAAACGCAUCUGGGUCAGUCAAGAUAACCCUAGUUUCUGGUCGCACCGGACACAAGUUUAUGUGAAAAACGUGGAUGUUCAGAAUUAUGCAUCAUCACUACAGGGAGAGGUCGAGAGGAAACAUUUUAAGGAAUACAUUUUCAUUAUCUGUGGAUUAUUUUCACUUGUCCGUUUCUUAAUUUAUUUCACUCAAGUCCAUGACAGGAGAGGUCGAUCAGGACCGAAAAGAUGGCAAAGGAUGGAGGAGUCUGGAGAACUGCAUGGCUGCACCUGCCCGAUGUCACCUGAGGAACUGGAAGGUGAUGCUGCUUGUGUUUGUAUGUCUUCUGGGUCUCGUUGAUGGACAUUUCCUUCAGGAGGAGAAAGAAGAACCCCGUCCUAGCAAGCUGAGAGCCUCUUCAACCUCUCCAGAACAUCCAGGACCGCAGAAAGAUCUAGAUGAGUGGCAGAGCAGAGCACCAUGGGCACGACUGCAUGAUUCGUCCCUGGCCGAGGAAGGCGAGGGUCAUCGAAUCCGGUGGCAGCGUUCCUCUGCAAACAGUUCACGGAAGUCCCCUAGGAACCGUAAGGAGCGGCGCAACCGUAAGCGAGGCCGGAGCAGCCAGGACUGUCGUUUGGAGAGGAAAGAGAUGAAGGUGCGUGAUCUGGGCCUCGGCUACGACUCGGACGAGAUCGUGGUGUUUAAGUACUGUGUGGGGACGUGCAUGAGCGCCCGUAAGAACUACGACCUGGCCCUGAAGGUGCUGACGGAUAACGGCAGCGUUUCCAGCCGCAACGUGAGCACUCACCCCUGCUGCAGACCCACGCGCUUCGAGACCGUCUCCUUCAUGGACGCCCAGACGAGCUGGCAGACCAUCAAAUGGCUUUCAGCGGCCAACUGCAGCUGUGUGGGAUGAGAGAAGCCGAGGAGACGCAGCCGGUAAAAUCAACCCAAAGCUCCGGUGUAGAAAGCGAGGGGAUUCCAAUGCAAGGAAUGGGAUGCAGCGCUCCUGAUGAUGCACUGCAAACGCAGCCAAUCUGCUAGCAUCAGCACGGGAAACACAGGAAUAUGGGACGUCCUGCAGGGAGACGGUCGGAAACCGUAGAGGUUUGCGUCAUGUGGCCUUGGAGAGCUGUGAAGCGAGUCGUCAGAUUCCUGCUCCAGACUGCAGUUUCGCAUGGAAAGUUUGUGAAAAGUAACUUGAAGGCCUACAUUUCACAUUAUCUGCCUCUAGGCAUUAUGAGAUUGAGAAACUGGAGAUGUUUUAAGAACUUGGAUACCAUGAAGGUUCAUUAUAACAGAACAGAAGGUGCUUUUAAUUCACUUAUCAGCUUAGCAUGUGUGUUUAAUAUACACAGACUUUCCUUAAGCCAUGUGCACAUUACAAGACUGAAGCGUGUCACUUUUUUAUGUUUGUGAGUAGUCUACAACAAAAAUUUCCUUUUUUUUUUUCUUUCAGAUACAGGCCAAAAUUUGCCCUGAAUGCAUAUUGCAUGCAGCAUUUCACCAGUUUGCAGGCCGGUUCUGAAUGCUAAGUGGUGGAGUUCUGCAUCGGCUCUUUAUAAUGAUGAAAUCAUGCUCGAUUACACUGCAUGUCUGGACGUAUGCCCAGCUAUAACACUCUCUUCCAUCAUCUGAUCAUCAUUAGAUGAAUUGCUGCUGCCAUGAUCGCUAGAAAAUGUACACAAACUAUUUUUAACUCUUUCCAACUCUUUUCUCUUUUAAACAAAUUCCGCCUGCUUUCCAUAAGCAGUACGAGCGUUGAUUUUUUUUUAAAAUAAUGUUGUAUUCUAUAAAAGGCCUGUUUUACAUAGAAAUUAAUCAUUCUUGGAUUUACUUACAUUAUUGUUCAAAAGUUUGCAGUCGGUAAGAAAUUGAUACUUUUAUUCAGCAACAAUGCAUUAAAUUGAUCAAAAGUGAGAGUAAGACAUUUAUAACGUUCUUUUGAAAUUUCUAUCCAUUAAAGGAUCCUGAAAAAAAUAUUCUGGUUUCCAGUGAUGCUGAAAAUUCAGCUUUGAUCACAGGAAUAAAUUACAUUUUAAAAUAUAUUCACAUAGCAAACAGCUAUUUUAAAUUGUAAUAAUAUUUUACAAUAUUACUGUAAUUUUACUGUAUUUUUGAUCAAAUAAAUGGCUUUGGUGAGCAGAAGAGGCUUCAUUAAAAGUGAAAAUAAUACAGCGCAUUGAUGUACCAGCACAGAUGAAACUGUAUUGCGGGUCGUUUGCAAGCAAAACUCUUUAGUGAAUUGAUCCGUGAGUGUUUAAAUGACUCGGGUUGACUUGUGACCGUCUUGUAAUGUGCUCUUGGCGUUACACACUUGCACAAACACAACCAACAGCUAACCACUUAUCCUGAUGCCACAUUCAGUAACCUCUGCUAUCAAGAAAUACCUCUUGUUGUUUUGUUUCACUGCUCGAGUGGAUGUCUGUUUUUCUGUGCAUGUUCUAUUAUGGACUGGAUCUUUGUCGGGAUACGUGACAUUUGAUUUGUCAGUUAAAUGAAAUGGUGCCCUGGCUAAGGUUCGGAGCACACAGCACUAUACCGGUUUACCAAAAUGUAUUUUAAUUAAGACAUUGUCACAUUUCAUGUUUUUGUUUUGUGUUUUUGGGUGUUGACUUAUUGUAUGCAAGGUGAAUGAUAUACCAAAGCGAUAGAUAGAUAAAUAAACAGCAGAUCACCUCAGGUAGGGACAGUGGGCAGUAGAAACGAAACCUGUGGUUUACACUUCUAUAAUCAACCGUCACACGCUUCUAUUCCAUUUCUCACACUUACUAUAUUAAUCUCAUGGUUUACUUUUACUUUUACUUAUAUAUCAUGUGUAAUGUUUUCAAAGACGCUAUAACUACCUGUGACCUCAUUCUCAGAAGAACACGCCUGGAUCAUGUUUCACUCUAAAUU